AUGUGCAGACAGAGCCAUCAGCACCCUCAGAUCAGAUCGUUGAACUUGUUCAAUGUGCGCUACAUCCUUGCUUAUUCAAACAUUGCACUUGUGUUUGGAACUUCUGGUUCCUUCUUCCAGAUGUCUAGCUCUGUUCAAUUAUUCGCUUCUAGGCUUAUAGCAAACCUAGAUAAAAGUGUUGUGUUUUUUGGAGGGAUUAAAGAUACAGAACAACAACAAAUACUAGACAUACUGGGAUUCUCACAGGGGACAUUACCUAUAAAAUACUUAGGUAUCCCUUUGAGUAGUAAGAGAUUGAAUGUUGGCCAAUGUGCACAACUGUUGGAGAAAAUGCUGGGAAGAAUCACCUCAUGGACUUCAAAAUUGCUAACAUAUGCAGGAAGGGUACAACUAAUAAUGGCAGUGCUAUUCUCAAUACUAAUUUGCUGGUCCCAAAUAUUUGUCUUGCCCGAGGAGAUUGUCAAGAAGAUUGAGGUUGUAUGUAGACAAUUCUUGUGGACAGGGACUGUUAGAGAAUCUAAAAAUGCUUUAAUUGCUUGA